AUGAACCAAAACCACAUCACCGCUGCAGAUGGACGAGAGAUUCUUGCAAAGAUCACACCUCAGCCUCAGGCCCAUCCACCACCUCCAGUUCCUCUAACGAAGUCAAGUUUCCAAGCACGCGCACUUUGGGCUUACAACGAAAACAGACAAGAACCCAAUGACCUCACCUUCCGCGCCGGCGAUGUUAUUGAGGUUACGGAAGAAACUAAUGCAGAUUGGUGGAAGGGCAGGAUAAAUGGUCAAGAGGGUAUAUUCCCUUCCAACUACGUAGAGAGGGUUGCUGCCCCUCCCAGCUCGUUCUCCGCACCGCCCCUCAAUGAAAAAGCCUACCAACCCUCUUAUUACUCCGCCCCUGGGCCAGUGCACGCACAGCCUAGCUACGCUCCUCAACCAGGUUACGCUCCUCAACCAGGUUACGCUCCUCCCCCUCCCAACCCGAGCUAUCAUCACGCACCGCCCACCGCACCCGCUCCAGCGCCGGCUGAGGAGCCGAAGAAAGCAGGCUUCUUCUCCAAGCCAUUGGGCAACACUUUGGCCCACUCAGCCGUUGGUGGUGUGGGUUUUGGUGCCGGGUCAGCGGUGGGAAGCGGAAUUAUUCAUGCUAUCUUUUAA